GUUUCAAUUGCAAAUUAUUAGAGCAAUUAACUUAAAUUUUAUUGUUAAUUUUGUAAAAAUAUCUUUUUGUUUUGUUUUAUUUAGUUUCACGUAUUAAUUUUAAGUAAAAAUUAAUUUUUUAAUUUUAAUAAAUUUUUUAUUUUUUUAUUAAAAGCCACUAAUAAAUUUCAUAUUAAACAAUGUGGUGCAAUAACCUCUGUUUCAUCAAAUGUAUAUUCACAAUAACGACUGAUAUUUAAAAUUAUGCAGCAAAUAGUAACUACAGGUAGACUGAUAUCGCGUGCAUUGUGGAAUGGUUUCACUAACAUAUCUCCCUCAAAUACUGAACAUCAAAAUAAAAAACGCGAACCAUCAUUUCUAUAUGCUGUUUGUGGAUUUCCUAAAGAGUCAUCUCGCAAACAUCCACUUAUUAAAGGUAAAUUUGGAGAUGAUGCAUGGUUUUCUGCAAGAGGAAAAGCAAAUGAUGUUUUAGGUGUUGCAGAUGGUGUUGGUGGUUGGCGUCAUUAUGGUAUAGAUCCUGGUGAAUUUUCCAGUUUUCUUAUGACAACUUGUGAAAGACUAGUGUCACUUGGAAAAAUAAUACCCAAUGAACCUAAUAAAUUAUUAGCUCAGAGUUAUUAUGAGUUGUUAGAAAACAAACAACCUAUUUUAGGAAGUAGUACUGCAUGUGUUGUUGUAUUAAACAAAGAGACUUGCAGUAUAUACACAGCUAAUAUUGGUGAUAGUGGUUUUAUGGUAGUACGAGGUGGGCAUGUUGUACAUCGGUCAGAAGAACAACAACAUUAUUUUAACACCCCUUAUCAAUUAUCAGUUCCACCACCUACACAUAGUGGUCAAGUUCUUAGUGAUAGUCCAGACUCAGCUGAUACAUCAGAUUUUGCUGUUGAAAAUGGAGAUGUUAUCUUAUUAGCUACUGAUGGAGUAUUUGACAAUGUGCCAGAUCAUUUAUUGUUAAAAGAACUAAGUCAAGUUGAAGGUGUGCGUGAUCCUACUAAAUUACAAUGUGCAGCUAAUACAAUAGCAUGGAUGGCCAGAAUUUUGGCAUUUGAUAGAUCUUUUUUAUCACCUUUUGCCCGUGCUGCUCAAGCUAAUGGUAUUAAUACUGUUGGAGGAAAACCAGAUGAUAUAACCGUACUUUUAGCAACCAUAGCAAUGUAAAUGAUCAUCUAUUAUUUUUAAAUACAAUUUAGCUACAAAAUUACUGAAAUUAUUGAAGUUAAGUAUUUAUUUUUAUUGGUACUCAAAACCAUUACACUAAGUUGAAAUUG